UGCCUUCCAUAGUUAGUCGAAAUCGAUAGCUCGAAACAUUCAGCGUUACCUUCAUUGUUAUUAGGAUUAGCUUUCCCGCCUUUUAUUAAUACGUUAAAACAAAAAAUGUAAAAGAGAAACAUAAACGACUGUUAAUUGUUACACUGGACAUUUCUUUGAAUAUUAUUUGUAGUUAUCAUAUCAUAUCAAAGUACCUGCAACGAUAGCUUUAUUCAAAAAAUAUAUUUAUUCGUCGUGGUAGUAUUUUUGUCGACCGAUAACGGUGUGUCACAGUAGGGUAUCGUGCAGUGUCAAAGUAUUUCUCGAUUCUCGGGAAUUUGGUAAUGAUACGAAGAUGACAGGUGGUCGUGGGGCUUUAAUAGUUUUCGAAGGAUGCGAUCGAGCAGGAAAAUCUACUCAAGUAAAAAUGUUAAUCGAAGCUUUGACCAAACGCAAUGUGCCUGCAGAAUGUCAAGCGUUUCCGGAUCGAAGAACUCGUAUAGGGGCAUUGAUAAAUGAGUUUUUGUCCAACAAAGACGAGUUCUCACCAGAAGCAGUACAUUUUUUGUUUACUGCGAAUAGAUGGGAACUUCAGAAACGCAUGUUGAGAUCCUUACAGGAUGGCACAACUCUCAUUGUUGAUAGGUAUGCAGGGUCUGGUGCAGCUUACACAGCAUCUACAACAGGGAGAAGCUUAGACUGGUGCAAAACACCCGAUCAAGGAUUACCUCGUCCAGACAUGGUUAUUUACCUCAAGGUGUCAGCAAAAUCUCAACGUAUCCGUAGCAACUGGGGAGAAGAACGAUUCGAGAACGCUAAAAUCCAAGAAACCGUGGCUUCGAAUUAUCUGACACUGAUGGACAACACAUGGGCCAUCAUCGAUGCGGACCAAGAUAAAACAGUGAUACAUUCUCAAAUAUUAGAGAAAGUUUUAGAUACUAUAAAAAAAGUGAAGGACUUGCCUAUAGGUGAUUUGUACAGUUCUUGAGCAUUAUCACAACUACGCAUUCCCGUCUUUAGAUAAAAAUGAAAGGAACUGUGAUCCUUUUUCUCUUAAGUCUUCGCGUCCGUUUCACGCGAAUGUAAUUAAGUAAUUUCUGUUCAAAUACAUUACAGAU